ACUUCAAACCGUGGAGAUACAGACAUGAUGAAGUUUGUGGUUUUUGCUCUCUUUGUCGCUGGUGCCUACGGGUGCGGCUUGCCCACCUUUCCCCCUGUGGUGACCAGGGUGGUUGGAGGAGUGGACGUCAGGCCUAACAGCUGGCCCUGGCAGAUUUCCCUGCAGUACAACAGACAGGGCGAGUGGAGACACACCUGCGGAGGCACUCUGAUCUCUCACCAGUGGGUCCUCACUGCUGCUCACUGUAUCAGCAAUGGCAGGGAGUACAGAGUGGCCAUGGGAAAGCACAACCUGUUGGAGACAGAGGAGGCUUCUGUGUUCAUGACCCCCGCUACCAUCGUUGUGCACGAGAAGUGGAACCCCUUGUUCAUCCGUAAUGACAUCGCCCUGAUCAAGCUGGAGACCCCCGUCACCUUCACUGACAGCGUCAUGGCUGCUUGUCUCCCCCCCAAUGGCUUCAUCCUCCCACACAACGCGCCCUGCUACGUCACUGGGUGGGGUCGCACCUCCACCGGAGGUCCCAUCGCUGACAUCCUGCAGCAGGCUCUCCUGCCUGUGGUGGACCACGCCACCUGCACCAAGCCUGACUGGUGGGGUCCUCAGGUGAAGGACACCAUGGUCUGUGCAGGUGGAGAUGGAGUUGUGUCUGGUUGCAACGGUGACUCUGGCGGCCCUCUGAACUGCCAGAAUGCUGAUGGUGCCUGGGAGGUUCACGGCAUCGUCAGCUUCGGCUCUGGGCUCAGCUGCAAUUUCCCCAAGAAGCCCACCGUCUUCACCCGAGUCAGCGCCUACAUCGACUGGAUGAACUCUAAAAUGAUGGCCUAUUGAGAGGACGGGAUUUUGGGAUCAAAGCCACUGUGUGCAUAUAAAAAUGAAUAAAAUGUGGAACUAUAAAUGACAAAAAAAUA